AUGGCUUCGUGCGACCAAUCCGCAUUUCCAAAUCCAGCCAAUAGCAGCUCGCUUAGCGCCACGUCAGCACAACCUCCGCCACCGCCGUGCACGCCAACAACUCCAGUAUCGCCAGCCAUGUUUUUCACAACGAUUAUAGCAUUCGUAGUCAUUGUAGCCGCUUCAGGCCUCGUCAUCUAUAUCUUACACAGGCUGGGGUGGUUCGCUGAACACGAGCCUGCGACAGUACAACCAGCAGCAGCUGCUCGAUUGCUGGUCCUGCGCGAAUCUGCGAGCGUCGCCAAUUCGUCGCAAGGGUUGGAUCCUGCACUGGUUCGCUCAUUCCCAGUUUACACUUUCCGCGACAAACUCGCCGAUCGCGACGUUACUACCGAGAUGACCGUAUUAACCUCCUUUCACAAGAUCAGCCGCGAAAUUUCGCGUUCCCUCAGCUCCUCGCGUCGACUCAGCAAAGAUGUUUCUCUCACACGCUGCCCCUCCCGCAACGAUUCCAAUACGGCCGGCGCCGAACUGGCUACAGAAGGUGCAGGUGAACCUGGCUCGAAACGAAGCGAAUUCGUGGUAACCAUCGAGGGCGAAGACGAGGCGAUGACGUGUCGGCGCGAGUGCGCGGUGUGCCUGGGCGAGUACGCGGCGGGCGAGCGCAUCAAGGUGGUGCCGGCGUGCGCACACGGCUUCCACGCCGACUGCAUCGACCUCUGGCUCGCCGCCAAAACCACCUGCCCCAUCUGCCGCCGCGACCUCACGCCGCGAUCGUUAAAUUCCACCGACCCUGUCGUCCCCAUCACCCAACAAGGAGGGGUAGCAGAAGGAACAGUGGGUGAGGGAGAAGGGGCAGUGCCAGCGCCGCUACACGUUGGAGCAGCAGCAGCAAAAGCCACAGCAGCAGUAGUGCGAGGUGAGAGAGCACCAGAACCAGCAGUGGACGGUGCGAGUGCUGCAGCAGCCGUGGGAGGUGAGAGAGCACCAGAACCAGUAGUGGACGGUGCGAGUGCUGCAGCAGCAAUGGGAGGCGAGACAGCAGCAGCAGUGGGAGAUGAGACUGCAGCAGCAGCAGCAGCAGCAGCGGGAGGUGAGACUGUAGCAGCAGCAGCAGCAACAGCAGCAGCAACAGCAGUGGGAAGUGAGGGAGCCGCAUUAGCAGACACAGAACCAGUCCUGGUUGCUGAAGGGAGGAGAGGAGCGGCAGAGGUAGGCUGA